CCGCGGGCGGGCGUACACCGCCGCUGAGUCGCCGGAGCGCACACUCGGACCCGAGAUGACGGCGAGCAAGCGGGCGGCGAAGUCUCGGGCCUGGGGAAAGUUUUGGCAGAACUCAUCUAUAGCAGAUAAAGUCCAAGUGUGCCCAGUGUUAGUAAGUCAGGAAAUGUCCAUGCCACAGCUUCUCCAUUCAUCCCUGGCCUUCACUGCUGCCAGAGUCACAGGAAAAGAACUGGAGAAUGCUUUCAGGACAAAGGACUCCUAAGAGAGCUGACUCCCAAGUUGUAGCACCUGGAGGCAGUGACCUUCAUCAUCCCUCCAUCUAGCCACCGACAUUGGAGCUGGAGGACCUUCAGAAGGAUCUUCCCUGCUUCCUGAGGAACCUGUUCAGUGAAGACACCGACGUCCUGGUGUGGCAUGCACUUCUCCUGCCCUUUUAGGUGUACGGCAUGGUGGUUAGAUGAGAAGAUCACAGGCUUUACAAAGGGCUCCCCCCGGGGUAUUCCCAGCGCCCACCUGGCCCCACCCACAGUCACUACAACGUCACUGACUGUGUUUCCUACGCUGCACCUUCCCUCCCGUGACUCUUCAGUAAUUGCCCACUUGCGCUCCUCGAUCCCUUCACCAUUCUCACCCAGCCCCUCAACCCCCUGCUCCUUGGCAACCAUCCAUCUGUUCUCUGGAUCUGAGUUGCCACCCUACAACCUCAAGGCCUUCAACCUGCGCAUCAAUUUCCCCAGGGAAUAUCCGUUAAGGCCGCCCACAGUGAUAUUCACAACCCCAAUCUACCACCCCAACGUGGACCUUGAAGGUCGGGUGUGCCUGCCCAUCAUCAGCAACCAGCACUGGAAUCCCCGAACGAAGGCCUCCCGAGUCCUGGAAGACCUCAACUUGCUGGUGAACCGCCUGGACCUGAACGAGCCCAUGCGCCUGGAGCUUGCUCAACAGCUGAAGCAGACCCCGGAGCUGUUCUACAGGAGGGCCGAAGAGCACACCCUCGAGUUUGGAGAGCAUCGGCCCUCCUAGCUCUGGUCUGCCCCACUGUGGGCAUGAUGGAUGGACACACCACAUGGCCUGGGGACAGAGCCCCUUGGUGGCCCAUUCCCUGCUGUUUUUAAGGGCUUUUUUUCUCCUUAGGUUGUUACUCAUUAGUCGUGUGUGGUAUGUGCCGACCCAGUUCUAGUUUCACCUGGCCACAGGUGUGCUUUCCCACUCCCUGUCUCUGCCCCAGAGCUGGGCUCUUUAGGUUUGCAGAAUCACAGGCCAGCUCUCCAGUGUUCUCUGACGUGGGGAUCCUGGUCUUACUAGUUGCUCUAUCUUGAGCUCACCUUCCAGGCCAGCUCACAGGAAAUCAGCCCAGCAGCCAAUACCCCUGGGGGCCUGAGGGGAGUGGGGGGGGGCAGGGCUGGGAGGCAGGGCCCAUGGCGGGAGUCAUUUGCAAUUGGGUGAUUGUUGAUUACAUGAUUGAAAUCAGCCAGGCUGCUGUUAAACCUUUUCCACUGAUCAUCACUAAGCGAAGAAUCUGAUCUCCGUGCUGGAAGUCUGACUACUUGGUUUUCCAAGCCACUUGGAAUCUCAUUAGGUUGCCCCUCCCUGGGGGCCGGGCCUCAGGGGGGACGCAGUGGCACCUCCAGCUUCCAGUCCAGGGGGCUCACAGAAAUCACAUGUUAGUCCAGCCAUUAAAGCCACAGACAAGC